AUUGCAUUUCGGUUAACCGCCACUGGGUAAGUUGACUCAAUCUUUUGAAAAUUUCUGAUUCAUAACGAUAUUUUAGGACUUCAGGAUAGAACUAAAUUCUAAAUUUUUACUCAUAGUCAAGCUAGGAAAUUAGUGAAACAUUAGAUGAAAGCGGAUAACGAAGAAUUAAAAAAGUUUUAGUUGCCUACAUUCUAUCCGCCAUUUUGUAUUACUUCGCGUUAUAGUACGCGUGUUGAUAAUCGUAUAAAUUGCUAAAUUACUCGUUUUUGGCUGUAAUUUAAUUGAUUUUUUAAAGAACAAGGAGAACAGGGUCGAAAUGCCUGUGGCCAAAGACAACAACUCAUCGAAUUCAAUACGAAGACGAUCAGGUCUCGUCACAGCCUUUGUUGCUGAUAUUGCGGAAGAACAUCCGAUUAAACGCAAAAAUGUACCUUUAACUCCAAUGAUGGCCACUUCAAUAUCAUCUGCUAGUAAAAGCGUGGGUGGGCCAGCAAGCAUUCUAACCGAAGAAUGCAUGCGGCAAUUUAAUAACACCGUUAAAUUUGUAUCCGACAAUAAACUGACAAAACGGAACUGCUUCCAAUUGAAUAUGCUUACAGACGUGACUAUGAAAAAAGUCUGGAAAAAAGAUGACCAAGCUGAUACAUUCCAAAAAGCAAGCUCUGCUCUUGGCGCCAAUACAAAGAUUUAUGCCUAUCGUGUGGAUACAGUUCAUCACGACACCAGACGAUAUAUACAAGAUAUGCAAAGAAACAGACGAACAAGUGUUGAUGGUGCCCAUGAAAUAGAACAAGACAUGGGAACUGAGGAAAAUCAAGAUGAAGAAACUACAAAAAAAAAAGAUAAAAGGAAAACUAGAAAAUUAAGAAAGAAGGAUAGUAUUGCAAAGAAUCUUGACAACAUCACGGAUAGUGCAGAUAACUCUGGAGUUAAAGAUACUAGUUUUCGUCUACGUCGGAAAUAUGAAUAUGAGCCCGAUACUAAACGUGGAAUGUCUCAUAUGCUUGGUCGCCAUGAACAAGAUUCUUUAGUGCCACUUUUUGCGGAAAAAGACUCGUUAUUGUGCCAGAACCCCAGUAAAAUGGAGGAUUUUACCGUUAACUGCAGGCAGUUACUAAACACUACGAAAAAUGUCAAAGCUAUUUUACCCGAUAUCCGCUGCUUUUCUUUCCUUUCCGGAAUGAAUGUUUCCCAUCCGGAACCGGAGCAAGCAAGAAAUAGAGUCGAUGAAUCUGUAGAGGAUGUCAACCAGGGGAUGUCUUUUAAUUAUUCAAUGCCUCCUACUCAGCUUCCAGCAGAAGACGUUCGAGACAGCAUUUCUGCUGACGACGGUGAUGAUGAUCACCUAAGUGUUGUGGGCGAAAGUGAAGCCUCAAUUUCAUCACCGCGCCCUUCUGCAACUGAAAGCAAUACAACUAUAAGUACAUUAUCUGAUCCUUCCGAGUUUUUACAACUAUGGAAAAAAAAGCGAAGACCACGAUCACCUCAAGGAGAAGAGUCAAAGAAACCAUCUGUCGACGUUAAAAAGAAAAGGAGGGUUCUCUUUUAUGAUUGUGAAUUGUUACCUGACACCCGCCGCUAUUCUGACCUAUUUCAACUUAAGAAACGUGUAAACACAUCAGAGAGCGAUAGCAGAGAAUCGGUGAUCGUUAACAAAUUACAGUUAUUAUAUGAUCUUUUAGACGUUCGGGCCAUGGUCGAAAACAAUAGGAGGCUUAUUAAAAAACGACGAACAAGCGUUGCUGAAAGUUUUAGUAGCGUUAAUGUGGAAACAAAAGCCCAAGAAACAUUAUUUGGUGGAGAAAACAUUGGAUUGGAUGACGCAAAUGAUGACGAUGACGCAGGUGGAGAUGCGGAGCCAAAUAUGUUUGAAGGUGAAGGAUUUGAUGAAACUGUUGCUGUUCAAUCUUUUGCAGCUGUUAGAUCAUUAGCAGGAGAACUGGUUACACCACCCACUAAACUUGCACGACUGGAACUUCAAUACGAAAAGAAAGCGCGAGACGUUAACAUUGAAAAACUGAAGGCAAAAAUCACAAGCUACCUCAAAUAUCCUGCACCUUUACCAAUGGCUGACUUCGAUGAAAAAGGAGAAGGUCCUGAUAAAAAAGAGUCGGAUCAGGAAACUCAGAAUUUUUCGGGCCUAUACCAAUAUUUAUGUGACCGAGACGAUAAGGUUCGGGACGGUUACACAAGUUUACCUUACGUGUUCAGUGCUCUUCUACAAUUGAGUAACAAAGAAGAGAUCAAUUUUGCAGAACUUAAUGAUGGAGAUGAACUUAUAUUAACCUAUACUGAAAAAAAUGAAUGA